AUGGCCGCAGCACUCACACGACCGAUUCGGACCAAGUGGCUGAGUAGAAUUAACUACGGGGAGGCGCUUAAACUGCAGCACAAUCUCGUCGACCAACACCUAUCAAAGCCAGAAGCAACGUCAAACCAGCUGCUUUUGCUGGAGCAUCCACCGACAUACACAGUCGGGAAGCGAGGACAGAUCUACGAUGAAACCGUGGAGGAAUAUCUUCGCGAAAAAGGCGCUGAUUUCUACAGAGUCAACAGAGGCGGACUCAUCACUUUUCACGGGCCAGGGCAACUCGUUGCUUACCCAAUCUUGAAACUUGAGCGAAGAAAUGCUAUUAGAUGGUACGUGGAUACGCUAGAAUCAGCUAUAAUCGACCUUCUUGGCGAAUUCGGGUUGAAAGGAGAAACCAGUCCUCACACAGGCGUUUGGAUCGGCGAUAAUAAAAUCUGCGCAAUGGGAAUCAAUGCGCAAAAAGAAGUCACUUCACAUGGACUUGCUAUCAACUGUAAUACCGACAUGUCAUGGUUUGGAAAUAUUGUACCUUGCGGCAUUCAAGAUAAAGGAGUAACGAGCCUUACUAGAGAACUCGGCAGGGAAGUGACAGUUGAAGAAGUGGCGCCCGUUCUCAUUGAAAAAUUAUCAAAGCAUUUGAAAGUGCCCAUUGAAGAGCUUAUUAUUUAA